AUGGAUUCUGUAACAAAGAAAACGAGGCAAGAUGGAUCAGAAGUUACUGAAAGACAAGGAGGGAGCAGCAGUGGGCUCAAAACAUCAUCCCACACUGGAGGGAGUGGAGUGGAAAAGAGGUCUUACACCCAUGGCAGCAGCUAUGUGACUUCAAGUGGAAGCGGUAGACUGAAUUCAUCAUCAUCGUGCUCCAGCUACAGGCAAACCCAGUCUCCCAGCUCUACUCUUACCAAAUCACCUGGCUCAACCUUCGAAAGAAAAACCUAUGUCAACCGCCAUGCAACAUAUGAAGGGAGCUCCAGUGCCAACUCUUCUCCUGAGUUUCCCAGAAGAGAGUUUGCAUCUGCCUCCACAAGAGGGCGAAGCCAAAGUCGAGAGAGUGAAAUACGAGUCCGACUGCAGAGCGCGUCUCCCUCUGGCAGAUGGACAGAGUUGGACGAGGUGAAACGUUUGCUGAAAGGAAGUCGAUCAGCCAGCUGCAGCCCUACUCGAUCACCGUCAAGUACGCUCCCGAUACCGAAAAAGGCUGUGGUGGAGACAAAGAUGGUUACUGAAAGCUCUCAGUCAGUGUCAGGUACAUAUGAUACAACCAUACUGAAUACCGCCCUCCCUUCAUACAUGUGGUCCUCCACUCUGCCUGCUGGGUCUUCCCUUGGUGGAUACCAUAACAGCUCUUCCUUGAUCAAUGCUAUGUCUCACUCUACAGGAUCAGUUUUUGGUGUUCCAAAUAACCUGGCUCCCAGCAAUCAUACUCUGAAUGCAGGACUGAGUACUUCCUCUACAGUAUUUGGAGUUCAAAACAACCUGUCUCCAAGCUCUCCAACCCUGACCCAGAAUGCUACUGCAGCCUCCGCAGCAUAUGGGAUGAAGAACACUUCUCAGAGCAACACCAUGGCAAGUACUGGUGUGUCUGCCUCAGCGGGGGGAACCAUUUUGAGCUCCCAGGGAGAUGACAUUCUGCACAAAGACUGCAAAUUCCUGCUGCUGGAGAAGGAGAAUGCCCCACCAAAGGAGGAGAUGGAGCUCUUGAUCAUGACAAAGGACAGUGGCAAAGUCUUUAGUGCUUCUACCACUGGGCUAAAUGGAGGAUCCUUUGUAGAAGACACCUUGAAGAAAGAGAAGCAGGGAUUUUCCUCCUCUUACGCUGCAGAUACUGGCCUAAAAUCAGAUGCAAAUGGAGGACUGAAAUCCGUGCCAACAAGGGACAAAGCAACUUACGCAGAAAUACGAAAUGGAGAUGUGGGGGGUGCAAUCGGAUCAGCACCAUCCUGGUGUCCCUGUGGGUCCUGCUGUAGCUGGUGGAAAUGGCUCCUGGGUUUGCUUCUGGCCUGGUUGCUUCUGCUUGGAUUGCUUUUUGGACUCAUUGCUCUGGCGGACGAAGUGAGAAAGCUGAAAUCUCGUGUGGAAAACCUGGAAAAAAUCAAUGGUGGCCUCCUGACAAUUAACCAAGGGAAUUCAAAAAUAGAAAAAGAUGUUUCAAGAGUAGACUUUCUUCAUGGUAUUUCACCUUCCUCAACCUUCGCUUACGAAAAUGAAGAGUCAGUUUGGUUGAUGGUGAAGAACAGACUGAACAAGGAAAUAGAACGAGGCUACUUCCGAGGGGAGAGAGGAGAACCUGGUGAGAAAGGUGACAUGGGAAUGCAAGGUCCCAGAGGAGAGCGAGGACUUCCUGGUAUCCCAGGCAUUCAUGGUCCAAUUGGGCAGCACCAAGGACCAGAAGGACCCAAAGGACAGAAAGGCAGCAUGGGUGAUCCUGGCACGGAAGGUCCCAUGGGACAAAGAGGUCGAGAAGGGCUACCAGGGCUUCGAGGGGAGCCUGGACCACCUGGAUUUGGAGAAAAAGGAGAUAGAGGUGCUGUUGGUGAGCCAGGUCCUCCAGGGCCACCUGGUCCCCCAGGUUCUGCUGGCCUGAAAGGUCUGAUGGGUUCUCCAGGCCCACAAGGUCCUCCAGGUCCUCCUGGCCUACAAGGAUUUAGAGGAGAAGCAGGUCUCCCAGGUGCUAAAGGUGAGAAAGGAGCUGCUGGAGCCCCUGGACCCAAAGGUGAUCAGGGUGAGAAGGGUUCUCGUGGAAUGACAGGUGAACAAGGCUCAAGAGGAAUGCCUGGUCCUCCAGGAGAGCCAGGGGCUAAAGGACCUGUAGGACAAGCUGGCCGUGAUGGACAGCCGGGUGAAAAAGGUGAACCAGGUCUUAUGGGAAUGCCAGGGGCCCGAGGCCCUCCAGGACCCUCUGGAGAUGCAGGACAGCCAGGUCUCACAGGACCCCAAGGACCACCAGGACUUCCAGGCAACCCAGGCCGACCAGGGGCUAAAGGAGAACCUGGAGCUCCAGGAAAAGUUAUAAGUGCUGAGGGUUCGUCAACAAUUGCUCUGCCAGGCCCACCAGGUCCCCCAGGCCCAGCUGGCCCCACUGGACCCCCAGGUGUUCCAGGUCCUGUUGGACCAGCUGGUCUCCCUGGACAGCAAGGUCCACGGGGUGAGAAGGGAUCCCCAGGAGAAGCUGUGAUAGAAACUAUCAAAACAGAAGUCUCAUCAUUAACAUCUCAAAUGCUGGCAGAUUUACAAGGGCGAGCAGGACCACCAGGUCCCCCUGGACCACCAGGUGAAUCUAUACAGGGACCCCCUGGACCUCGUGGCCCCCCAGGAUUGCCAGGACCUCCAGGCCCACCAGGGAGACCAGGAUCUUCCAUGUCCACCUCAGAAUCGUUCUUCACAGGCCCACCAGGUCCACCAGGCCCACCAGGCCCAAAGGGAGACCAAGGCGAACGAGGUCCACGAGGAUUCACAGGAGAACCGGGUGAACCUGGCCUUUCAGCAUUCUCCUCCCAUGGUGAAAGAGUCACCAUACAGGGACCUCCAGGAGUUCCAGGCCCGCCAGGCCCACCUGGACCCAAAGGUGAUGCAGGUGUCCCAGGCGCUCCUGGCAUCCCAGGAGCAUCUCGAGGUGGAUCCAGACAAAUUCAGGGACCCCCGGGACCUCCUGGGCCGCCUGGUCCUCCUGGCCCAGGUGGAAGUUCAUCUCAAGAGAUUCAGCAGUAUGUCGCUGACUACCUGAAAAGUGACAACGUAAGGCAUUAUUUGAUGGGUGCCCAAGGCCCACCAGGCCCUCCAGGCCCACCUGGAGUCAUCACCACUGCAGAUGGGUCAAACUUGGAUUAUGCGGAGCUGGCUACCCGUGUUAUGAGCUAUAUGACAAGCUCUUCAGAUCGCUAUCAGUCAUUUGCCAGUUCGGUAUCAACUACAUCUGUUUUGUACCAAGAACUUCUGGACAUGCUGCAGAGAGAAGAAGUUCGUCAGUAUCUGAUUGGACCUCAGGGCCCACCAGGACCUCCUGGACCAGGGGGAGAUGGCAUGUCUCUGUCACUGGAUUAUGAUGAUCUGACCAGACGGUUUAUCAGCUACUUGACAAAUUCUGGGAUGAGCAUUGGCCUCCCUGGACCACCUGGGCCUCCAGGGACACCUGGUAUAUCUUACAGUGACCUGACAGCAUACCUGCGAAACUCUGAAUUCAGUGGUCUUGUCGGGCCCCCUGGUCCUGCAGGGCCCCCAGGACCUCCAGGGAUCCCUGGAUCAUCUGGCACCUCUCUGGAGGACGUCUCUGCUUAUCUACAAAGUGUGGGAUACUCCUCCCUCUCCGGAAUCCAGGGCCCACCUGGCCCUCCUGGCCCUCCAGGACCACCUGGCUUCUCAGGAACCGGCCUCCUGUCCUAUGCUGACAUCACCCACAGUGACGAGUUCAGGAGCGAGCUGAUCCAGUACCUGAAAAGUGAUGAAGUUCGAAGCUACAUCUCAGGGCCGCCUGGGCCCCCUGGGCCACGGGGACCACCAGGACCCAAAGGAGAUAGUGGCUUGGUGGCUGGGUCUAUGUCUUCAUCAUACCAAGGGUUACGGGCUUCUGAGCAUGGAGGAUCCCUUGGUGCUGAGGGAGCCCACGGGGGGUCACUGGGCACAGGCAGCUCCUAUGGCAGCGCCAUGAGCAGCGUGUCGUCUUACAGUGCCUCUGUGGGCAGCGAUGGCUCUUAUGGUGCCGCCAUGGGCAGUGAUGGGGCUUUCGACGGGCUGCUGACAGAGGAGGAAUCACACAGGAGAUCAGCAGGUUCAGGCAGAUCCUACAGCAGCUCCUUCACUGGUCCCCUGGAUUACAACGAGCUGGCACUCCGCGUGUCAGAGAGCCUACAGAGCCGAGGUAUUCUCCAGGACCUGAUGUCUUACACUGCACAGGGACCUGCAGGUCCCCCAGGCCCUCCCGGUCCUCCUGGCAUCAGCAGGGUCUUUGCAGCCUAUGGGAAUGUCACUGAGGACCUCAUGGACUUCUUUAGAACACAUGGAACCAUCCAGGGGCCGCCCGGUGAAAAGGGGGAGAGGGGUUAUCCCGGACCCAAAGGUGACCCCGGACCGAUGGGCCCACCAGGACGCCACGGGCAGAGGGGACCAAAAGGAGAGAAAGGAGAGAAAGGUGAACAAGUGUAUGUUGGCAGAAGAAAAAGACGGAGUGUUGGGGUUUAA